UUUUGAUUACAGUAAAUGUAAUUUUGAAGUUAGACUUUAAAAAAAAGGCUUUUUAGGUUAGAUUUAAACAAGGUAUGUUUAUUUUACUUAUAACUCUAUGAUAGUAUCAAAAGAACCUUAUUAAAAAAUUCCAGAUUAAAUUAUUUAAAUAAUGCCUGAAUGGAAGAUUUAAUGGAUUUAUGAUCCAAAAACAUCAAAAAGCAAUAAUAAAAGGAUAAUUGGUUUUAAAUUAUUAACAGAUAAUACAAUGAAAAUAGAAUAUUUUGGAGACAAUAUAAUAAUGAUGACUUUAAAAGAUUAUUUUAGUAAAUAAAUUUUCUAAUUAAAUUUUUUAGAUGAAUAUGAAAUCAUUAAAAAAAUAGGAAAAGGAAAAUAUGCAAAAGUUUAUAAAGUCAGAAGAAAAAUAGACAAUAAACCUUUUGCUGUAAAAUAUUUACAUAAAAAUAAACUCGCAACAAUAGAAGACGCUAAUGAUGCUUUAUUUAAUGAACUUACAAUCUUAAGAUCUUUAGAUAAUAAAUAUUGUAUAAAAGUAAUAUCUACAUACGAGGAUGAUAAUGGUUAUUAUAUCCUUAUAGAAUUAUUAGAUUUCGAGAAGAUUUUUUAAAACGAAUUGAUUAAUUUAAAAAAUUAUAAAUUGGGAUAUGAAUAUCAAAAACUAGUAAUGAAAUAACUUCUUAUAGGAGUUCUAUAUGUACAUAAUAAUGGAAUAAUGCAUAGAGAUUUAAAACCAUAAAAUUUAAUGUUUGCGACUGAACCUGAAGAUGGAUAACCAUAUCAAGUUAAAAUUAUAGAUUUUGGACUUGCUUAAUAUGUAAAGGCAAAAAAAUAUAUUUAUGUCCAUGUAGGAACGCCUGGAUUUGUAGCGCCUGAAAUUCUUAAUAAUGAAAGUGAAAAUAAUAGAUAUACAGAAAAAUGUGAUUUAUUUAGUAUAGGUGUGAUUAUGCAUAUUAUGCUAACAGGAAAAUAAUUAUUUCCAGGAAAAAGAUUCUCUUAAGUACUAGAGAGUAAUAAAAAAUGUUUAACAGAUUUUACUCAUUAAAGAUAUUAAGAUAUAUCAGAAGAAGCUAUAGAUUUAAUGAAACGUCUAUUAGAAGUUAAUCCAUUUAAACGUUUAUCAGCUGAAGAAGCUUUAAAUCAUGAAUUUUUUUAAACCGAAGGAACAUUAAUUAAGAAGGAAAUUAAUUUAUAUAAUUAAGAAGAUUUUACUCCAUUAAAUGUAAAGGCUCCUAAAAUUGAAGUUCACCAUAAUUUAAAUUAAAUAGAAAAUAAAGAUAAAAAAGACAUAGAUGACUUUAAAAUUGAUUUCGAUGAUUUAGGUUUUAAAAUGAUUCAUAUGAUGCCUUUGGAAGAAAUAUCAAUUUUAGGGAGACAUAUAGGUAUUACAUACUGA